AUGGUAGGGCGUCACUUGGGAGACGACGGCGUUGCCAGCCGUGCAGCCUCGGCUUCACGUCAGCAGGGGGGCAGUCUUACAGCGCUCAGCAGCAUCACCAGCAGAAGCCAGGUUUGCUUGCCAGCACAGGAGGCCUGCUUUAUGCAGUCUCUGCACCGCUCAACUCACGCGCUCGUAAAACCGAAUGCGGUAGCAUCAUGUGAGGAAAAAGAAGGCGAGACACUUUGCUCGUGUGCGCAGGAGGAGAAUGCAGCCACCCGGAAGGCGGUUAUCUCCGAGACGUCAAACCAACUACAUCUGGACUGCAAAAAUGAGCAGAGCUACGCCCCCGACGCUCUCACAUCGUCGAAGGUGUGUGCUGCUGACAACAAGGACUUGAACGACUGCAGGGAUGGAGACGGCCAAAAAUGCAUUGAUCUGAACACGCUGCUGUCAGACACGACUAAGCAAGUGUCCUGGACGAAGAAGCAGAAAAAAACAGCCAAUGAGCCUAGAGUGUUAAAUGUCCCGAAAACGCUCUUUCCUUAUGUCGACGGUAAAUUUGUCGUCGGAUGCCUGAAGAACUCGUCUCAGACAGUGUGUACGGUGGAUGUGACUGUGGCGGCGAGGGCAUCUGCCACAAACGAACAAACCGUCGCUUGUUCCUACGGUGAAGCAAGCAACGGAAAGCACCAGGCUGUCACCCUGAAACCUGGUCUCAAUAGCUUCACGCUUGUGUGCGGGGAGAAGGGCGGAAUCCAGCCAGCGAAUUUCAAGCAGAAGUACUGCGCUCCGAAGGAAAAGCAGGGCGACGUGGCUGCCGAGUGUACCGGUGACUACAAAAGCGUUCUUCCGCUGUACGAGGACAACUGGUGGUCAACAGGAGAGACCCCGGAGACAUUUGUCCUCACUGUUCCCGAAGGCCAUUUCCCUGAGAACCCAACGAGACUCUUGGUGGGGUGCAAGUACACUGGCCGCAAAGGUCAGAAGGGAGCUGACCAAGGUGAAGAGCUGCAAACGACUGUUUGUAACGUUGAUGUGACGAUUGAGGGGACUGGGCCGCCGAGUUCAUCCGCAUCGUUUUCCGCGGGUGUGGCAGGCGCCCUCUCAGUGCUGCUGGGAGCAUGUGCCGUUGUUGUGUAG